AUAUUUGUAGCGGGCUACUUAACGUUCAUUAAGAAGUCAUGAAUUUCAAGUUCAAAGAGACUCACACCUUUGAGCAAAGACAACAGGACUCCUCGAAGAUCAAGGCCAAGUACCCUAAUAGAGUUCCAGUUGUCGUGGAACGUCAUCGCCAUUCGCAAAUACCCGAUAUUGACAAACAUAAGUUUCUUGUUCCGGACGAUGUGACAGUUGCUCAGUUUAUGUGGAUCAUUCGAAAACGUAUUGAUAUCUCAUCAGAAAAAGCCCUCUUUCUUUUUGUUGAGAAGAAUAUGCCACAAACAAGGUAUAUUAAUCGAUUUACGAGUUGACUCACUUUUUAAUGUUCUUUUUUACAUAAGAUAUUUUAAUCAAAUAUUUUUGACUUGAUAUACGCAUUAAUUGUUGGCCUGAGAGACAUUUAAAUUCCUAUGGAUAAUCCGCAAUUAAUCUAAUAUCUUUAACGCCUUUUAGAUUGGACAACAGUGGUACCACUUGACAUAAAAUACAAACGCUUGUUCAGGUAGUAACAUACUCAAGCAAGAAGUGUUACUGCAUUCAGGUAAAAAAAUUCACAAACUAACACCAGCCGAAAAGCUAAAGUAUAAACUGUUUAUUUAAACUACUUAAGCUCAUUCGGGUUCAUAUCAGCGUUAAAGAAAAAGUUAUAAUUUGAUAUUCAGAAUCAAUCCGUAAUUUAUUGUCAAAGUAGGACCUUGGGAAUCAUGUUUAUCUAUAAGUUUCAAUACUCUAUGUCAGUAUAGGGAGUGGGAAAAUCAAAAAAGCAAAUACGAGGAACUAACUUCUAUCACAAUUGAAAUCUACGUACGAAAGUACAAUUCAAAAAAACAAAUGAGAUUAAAUAAUGAAAAGUUAAGAUUGACACUUAACUCACCAUUCAGCCAGUCUUUUUCUUAUAAUAAUAAUUUUUGGAUACAACCAGUGUUUCAAUUUUAAUUAGUAACACUAACAAAUAAAUAGAUGUUAAUAUAAAUUAUUUUGACACUGAUUCCACCGUAUGUACAAUGUGAAAUGUCCUACAAACCACUAGUAAAAUAAGGGAAGUGCGAGUAGGUGCAACAGAACAAUCAAAAGUCACAUGAAAAAUAUUCAACAGAGGAUAAAAAAAGCUUAGUCACUAUUGCGUGUAGAUUCGGACUUAAGAUACAAUUGAUAAAUUCAGAAAAUUUGAAUCUCUACUAAAAUAUGUAAGUCGAACAUAUUCUGGGUAUCACUUUCAGGCAAGUUACACAGAACUACAAAAAUGGUAACAAAAUAAAGUAGAAAUUUUGUCUGGAAUAGCUGGGAUAGUUUCUUCCCUCCUUAAUGCAAUAGAUUUCAAUGCUCGUCGUUAUGUAUUUUAAAACAAGAUAUAACCGAUAUAGUUUAGAUGUUAAGUUUAGUUUCGUUAUAUCUGUAAGUAAUUACUUCAUGUAAUCUGAACACCCAAAUAUUUGUAUGGCUUCACCUCAUUGUGUAUAAUCCCGAUAAGUUAUUUAUCUACAUAUUUUAAUUUCAAGCUUUUAUUUAUGAGUGUCGCAGUUGAAUGGAUGUCUACGUUUUAUUGUGUUGAAUAUAAUUGGAACAUCUUGACGGGGGGCAGAAUAAAUUUUUCUGUUAUAUUUUGUUAUGCUUUGUUCUUCAUCGUAGUUGGGAUCGAAAUGUGAAAUACUUAUACACUAUAUUCGAAGAUGCGUUUCUAAUAUUUCAGACUUUUCUCUAAAUUAUACUGUGAUUUCCAUUCAUUUCUUUUAAUCAUUUUAGUGCCACAAUAGGUCAACUGUAUCAUAACUUUCACGAUGAUGAUGGUUUUCUAUACAUAAGCUACAGUGGGGAGAAUUCUUUCGGCUCCGGUUCAUAGCUUUAUAUUUUCGAAACAAGAUAUUUUUCUGUACUUGUGAAAAUGAAUGUUUAGUUCAAUAUGAAUAUACAUAAAUUAUUUUCAACUUACGUUUGCUAACUUUAAAUAGUUUCUUUUUUUCAUCUAUCCUCCGAACCAACAGUGUUUACCAAUUAUGUGUUUUUUUUAGUGAGCUUGGAAGUUUUUUCCUGUUUACCUUCCGAUUUGUUGACCUUUCUGCCACUUUUGUCAGAUUUAUUCAUAUAUUAUAUCGGUUUUCAGUUCAGCGGUUGUGCACAAAUGUGUUGUUGUUUAAGAAAUCUAAGCACAAUGGGCUUUGAUCCGAAUCAAUAACUAAUGUUAUUCCUGUUUUGUAUGUAAUGCUCAUUAUUAGUAUGGGAUUUCGCAUUGCUUACUGUUUUUUUGUUGUCGUCCAAUAAGUGAUAUUCUAAUUAUGUUAUAUUUUUAGAUUUUCUUGUUUCUCUGUGUUUAACUGCUAUUUUUAUUCUGUGUAUAUUGUUUAUGCAUUUUAGCAAUAUUUGAUUGUAUUGUUUAAUUUUCUCACUACUAAGCUACAUAAACAGGUGAUUAUUUAUUUUAAUUUUUAUCUGUAAAUACACCUGGAUUAUGCU